AUGAAAUCGGUGGUACUGCGCGCCUUGGUCGCGAGCCUCGUCGCGCUCAACCUCGAGCCGUCGUGGUUCUUCGGCAUCGUUUCCAAGGACAAUUACGAGAAGAAAGCAGCGUCAAGCGCAGCUCUACUACUGGUCGAGGCCGCGGGCGGACUGAUCUGGAGCAACGCCAGCCAGGAAUUUCGGCCGAUCUUCGAUCUGGCGACGUUCCGCGAGGCUCGCGAGCGCCGCUGGAGGUGGCAUCGCCGACUGGAGUUUCACAAUUUUCACGGGGCCGAGCUCAAGCUCGUUUAUUUCGAAGAGGGCAAUCUGGUGAAGUACAUAGACAACGACACGAGGGUCACGGGCGUCUGCGGCGAGCUCUGGAACAACCUCGCCGACUAUCUAAACUUCACCCUCGUGCCCGUCAAGAUGGAGCAGCGCAACUUCGGCGGCCAGCGCGACAACGGCAGCUACGACGGCAUCCUCGGCCGGCUGCAGGCCAACGACUCGCAGAUCGUGCCGCGCUCGGGCAUGUUUCGCGGCCGCCUCGACCUGCUCGAGUACACGGUGCCCCUCUGGUCGAUCAGGUAUCGCCUCUACAUCAGGCCCGAGUGGCGCCACGACGAGGCCUGGAUGAUCCAUCUCUUCUCGCCCGGCCUCUGGUCGGCCUUCUUCCUGCUGCUGCUUGGGCUGGGCUGCGCCGAGUACCUGUCCGAGCUCUGCUCGCGACACGACGCCGGCGAGACCGAUCGUGAUCGCUUCGCCAGCCUGCAGGAUCACGUGUUCUACACGGUGGCGGUGGCCACGAGCCAGGGCGGCGUGCCCGCGGGGCUGCACGACAAGUCGCGCCUCGUCUACUUGAGCACGAGCCUCUUCGCCUGGGUCGUGCUCAUAGCGUUCAGCUCGCACGCCAUCCUGCUGCUGACGAGCCGGCGCUUCGUGCCGCCGUUCGCGGAUCUGCGCGGCCUGCUGCGUGGCAGCCAGUACGCCGUGCUCGCCUUCAACGGCUCGAUGGUGCACCAGGAGUUUCGCGGCCUCGUGCAGCGCUACGCCCGAUCGGCCCGCGACUUCUCGCGGGUGAGCUACGCCCCGGCGGCCCAGGACAUGUACGCCAAGGCUUGCGCCGCCGCGGCUUCCUCCUCCUCCAAGAGGAAGAAAAGAUACGCCGUCUUCGAGGCGGACGAUCGGCACAAGGCGCUGGGCCGCGACUUCUGCAGGCUCGUGCCCACCGGGGCGCACUACUUCGAGUCGUUCGUCGCCUCGGCGGUGAAGCGCGGCUUCAAGUACAAGCGCUGCUUCGACCUCGGCAUCGUGAGGAUGCUCGAGACGGGCCUGCUCGACGGCCUGAGGGAGCGAUGGCUCGACAACGUCUGGAGCGGCGGCGACGACGAGCAGCCGCCCUUUCAGUCGAUCGACAUGCAGCAGGUCUACGUGACUUUCGGGGUACUCGCCGCGGGAGCGAGUCUGUCGAUUCUGGUGCUGCUCGCGGAGAUUCUCUGUCACUUUCUGCUCGCCGGUCAUCUCAAACCACCGAGCGAGGAUCGUCGCGAGGAAGGCAACGGCAGCAGCAGCCGCUGGAACGUCCGGCCGAAUCUCAACGGCACCAAGAUUCACGCCGUUUAUUUCCAAGUUAGAGUUUACGACGAAAAACAAGAUCCGGAUUACUUCGAGUUUCAGCGGGGCAAACGAAGCGCCACGGGGAUCUGCGGCGACGUCUGGUCCGUGCUCGCCGACCUCCUCAACUUCACCCUGGUGGUGACGAGAUCGAGGACUCGCAGCCUCGGCACCGUCGUCCAGCCGGCCAAUCGAUCGUCGUCGUCGUCGUCGAGCAACAACGACAAAAAUUUCACGGAUCUGCUGGGCUUGGUGCAGCAGGGCCGCUACGAGGCCAUACCGAAGAUGGAGGCGUUCGCCGAGCGCCUCGCCGCCGUAGACUUCACCCGCUCCAUCUGGAAGGAUCGCUAUCGGCUGUUCGUCCGGCCCUACUACCGAUUCAAGAGCCUCUGGAUGCUCGAUCUGUUCUCGUGGCAGGUCUGGGCGGCGGCUGGCCUCUUCUACCUGCUGCUCGUCGCGGUCAACGUAGCUGCGUCGAGGUGGUCGUCCAGCGACGACGUAGCGCCGCGGGUCGUGCUGGCUUGCUCCAGCUCGGCCGACUAUCUGUUCUACGGCUUCGGCGCUCUCUGCAAUCAGGGCGAGCCCCUGUACUUGGCCCUCUGGGAGUCGUCCUCUCGCCUCCUGGCCCUGAGCACGGGCCUGUUCUCGUGGCUGCUGCUCGUCUCGUACGGCUCGCAGCUCGUCAUCUUCAUGCAGCGUACCUACUCGCCGGCGCCGUUCUCGAGCCUGGACCAGCUGCUCGACGAGACGGACUACGCGAUACUCGCCGAGCGACACUCGAUCGUCGAGAUCGGCUUCAGGAAGAAUUACAGGCCGGUCUACGCGCGCAUCCAGCUGGCCGAGCGCAUCGCUUUCCUCGACACGCAUCAGGACAUGUGGAGUCUGGCCUGCAGCCAAAGCGAGUACGCGAGGAUGGCCGAGCUGGCGCCGUGCGAGCUCGUCCCGGUGCCCGGCGAGUCCUACUUCAAGACCUGGAUCGUCGCUGGCUUGGCCAAGGGCUGCAGACACAAGCGAGCCAUCGAUUCCGGGUGA